AUGGGACAAUUAUUAUCACAUCCAAUUGAGGAGAAAGAAUUGGAUUAUAAAAUUCAUACUAGAUUAUCAUAUUGUGUUGGAUCAAUGCAAGGUUAUAGAAUGACAAUGGAAGAUGCACACGGUAUAAGGAUAAAUGAGGAUGAAACCGUAGCGGUAUUUGGGGUGUUUGAUGGUCAUGGUGGUAAACAAUGUUCUGAAUAUGUAGCUGAACAUUUACCAAAGGCAAUUUUUAAACAAUUACUACAUUUGAAAGACGAAACUGAGAAUAAGGAAAGAGAAGGAAAUGAGAGGUCAAAGGAGAAUGGACAAUUGAAACUGAACAAAGUAUCAACGAUGAAUCAAAAAGUUUUCAAGAUAUUAAAAAAUGCAUUUUUCAAAAUUGAUCAUGAUUUAUCACAUCAUCAAGGUAUGGUUAAUUGUGGAUCAACAAGUAUACUAUGUGCUAUAAUAGACAAUAAAAUCUAUGUUGCAAACACAGGAGAUUCAAGGUGUAUCCUAUCUACAAAUCAAGGCUGUGCAAAAACUUUAUCAUUUGAUCAAAAACCUAGUUUAAUUGGUGAAAGAGUACGAAUAGAAAAUUCAAAUGGGUACGUCAUUAAUAAUAGAAUAAAUGAAAUACUAGCAUUAAGUAGAGCUAUAGGAGAUUUUAAAUUCAAGACUCCAUAUCUCACAUCAACAUUAAAUAAAUUUGUUAUACGGAAUAAAGAAAAUUUUUAUAAACAACAAAAUAAUAAUAUUCAAUCAGAUGAAAAACCAAGACUUUUAUCAAAACAUUCUCAAACAGAUCAAGACUAUAUACAUAUACCUCCUGAAUUAUUUCAAGUAACGGUUGAACCUGAUAUUUUAAUAUAUGAUUUAAAAGUAUUACCAGAACCAGAAUUUAUAGUAAUAGCAUGUGAUGGAAUAUGGGAUUGUUUUAAAAAUGAUCAAUUAAUAAAACUUAUAAGGGAUAAAAUAGUAUUAGGUUGGAAAUUAAAUAAAAUUAUUGAAUAUAUUUUAAAUGAUACAUUAACAAUGGCAAAUAAUUAUACAGGAAUAGGAUUUGAUAAUAUGACAUUAUUAAUAAUUGCAUUACAUCCAAAAACAAGUUUAGAAGAUUGGUAUAAUGAAAUGAUUUUUAAAAUUGAAAAAGAAAAAGGUUUACAUUAA